AUCAAGGUCUGAUGGACUUGAGUCAACACGGUAGAUCCCCACCGCGCGCACGCCCUACAAAUGACAGCGGGGAGAAGUGCCCCACAACGCAUCCGAACAAAUGAGAACGAUAUCGGAGCGGAACAUGAUAAAAGAAAUAACGACAGUAGAGAAACAGAGCGAGAAGAGAAAACACGGCUUCCAAAGGGAUCACUUAUAGUCAACUUCACCUAAACCUCGCAUUCCACACCAUUUGGCACCCACGCACUCAGUGCCCUAUACCGCCAAUAUGGACUCCAAACAACCAACCUUCACCCUCCGCACCCAUACCCCAUCCGACAUCCCCUGGAUAACAGCCCGCCACGGCGCCCUCUACGCCGAAGAACGCAACUGGGGGCAAGGCUUCUCCAACCUCGUCGACCAGAUCGCCACCGAUUUCCAGACUCACCACGACCCAGCUACCGAGCGCUGCUGGAUCGCUGAAGACGACCACAGCAGCGACAAGCAUGAAAGCCGCAACCUAGGCUGCAUCAUGCUUGUCCGCGAACCGGACCAGCCCUCCUCCGCGAAGCUGAGAUUGCUACUCGUGGAGCCCCGCGCGCGGGGGAGAGGCGUGGGGAAGGCGCUCGUCCGCGCUUGCGUGGAAUUUGCUCGGGAGAUGGGGUAUGCGAGGGUUGUGCUUUGGACGCAGAGGGUUCUUGAGUCGGCGAGGAGGCUGUAUGCGGCGGAGGGGUUCUCGCUGGUGCGGGAGGAGGAGCAUGAGGGGUUUGGGGAGAAGGCGUUGGGCUUCGAGUUGUCAAGUGGCCUCCGCUUCUUGAUCAAAGGUUCUAUCAAGUAG